AUGUUUAUACAUGUGUUAUUUUUCAAUUUCUACCGCAUAGUACCGGUAGAGAGAAAGCCGUCUGCCUGUGGAGAUGGAUUAGACUUGGAGAAGGAAGUGAGAGAAAAACCGUGGUGUUUAUCUCCGGAUGAACUAGAGAAUUGGUACAAUGAUUCCAGCGAGAACAUGCAACACAGAACGGAGCAAUUCGCAACUGAAUGCUCAUCAUUAAUCGAAUCUGUGCGCAUAAGUAUUUGCAACUCCACCCGUCAUAUGGACACUCUUGACUUCACUGAUAGAGUCGUUAAGGGUGGAUCGUUCGGAAAAGAAACUAUGGUAGAAAAUCUAUCUGACGUGGAUCUGGUUGUGUUUGUCAACAGACCAGAACUACAACUCAUCACAGAGACUGAGAACUUAGAAAAGUACAAGAGUGCUCUGCCCAAAAUCAUUUCUCAUCUGAAGUAUAAUGUGUCAAAUGAGCCGACCAUGCAAGACGGCUUACGAUUCACCAAACACUCGGUGAAUUUCAAGUUAAAAGCCAGAGAACGAUUGGUUGAAUUCAAUCUUCUUCCCACAACGGAGGAGAACGUUCGACAUUUUCGGCACAAGGCAGGAGAGCUGCAGGCGUUUGUCGGCCCCAGGAAAAUCUCGUAUUACCUAAACGGCCAGUCGCUAAAUAUUCAGUGCUUGAUUCUGGUUUAUUUCUUUCUAGCGAACCGUAACAUGUUCGAGUCUAUGCUAGACGUUGGCACCGAUGACGUCGGGCGUGAAACACGAGAGUUUUAUUAUGCAUCUUUUGUUGAGCACCAAGUGCGGUUUGUUAAGGAACAACCCAGCCACGUGAAGGAGUUGAUACGUCUGGUGAAGUAUUGGGCGUCUAGAUUCCUUCCUAAGUAUCUCCAGAAGUCAUACCCUCUGGAGUUGAUCACCAUCUACCGGUGGGAGAAGGCAGGGAAGCCCGGACGACGACUGAACAAAGCUCGGGGUUUGAGGAGCGUCUUGGAGGUUCUGACCAAGCUGGACAGGCUGCGUGUUUAUUGGAACUUCAUGGACGGUGUCGAUGAUAAUCUCAACGAAACUAUUAUCAAGAGACUCAACAUGGAAAGGCCAAUCAUUUUGGACCCGGCAAAUCCGACGAACAACGUUGGCGACUUGUACCAGAAGAACGACAACAAGGAGGUGAUAAAGGCAGCUGCCGAAAAGACCCUCCAGACCGACCUGCUCAGUGACGUCAGUGCGUGGUAAAACGUGUAGGGCGCCCUCAGUAGAAGCAAGGAGUGACAUGUUCAAGCAGUUAUUCGUCGCACAGUAACCAACUUUAAUCCUAUAUUAAAUAACCUAGUUUAAUGUAAGCAAUACAAAUUAACAUUUCAUUUCGUGAUUGCGUAUAUUGAGAUAAUAUUGCCGAAAAUCUGGAUCGAAUUAUGUCUGCACAGGAAGCACAUUCCCUACAGGAAUACACAAUCUGAGAAGCGUUACCACGGUAACGCCUUUUAUAAUCAAAUUAAUUUGGUGGGAUAUAAAGUGAUUUCGUACCUCGAAAUGAAAUGUUUCUCAAAAUGCAAUUUACUAUCCAAAGCUGCUGUACUUUCUUACCAUGUAAAUUGUUUUGCCCUUAACGUAUACAGACCGCCAUUAUUGGUUAUUUUCUAAGACCAGUCUUCUCACUUGGUGUAUCUCAACAUAUACAUAAAAUAACAAACCUGUGAAAAUUUGAGCUCAAUC